AGAACAGAAGCAGUUCAUCGCAAAUGAACAAAAUGAGUUCAUUCUUAUAAGUUGAUUCAUUAGUUGAUCAAUUAUUUUAUUUACUUAGAUCUUUUUUUGAUAACCAGCUAGUUAACUCCGACCACUCCUGAACCAAAACAGUGAUAUACAACGUCAUGAUCCAAUCUGUAGCCGUACAAAUCUCUCUUUCUUCCACUCGUUCUCUUUUCCACUCAUUUUAUCCUUUCUAUCCACGCUUUCGCCCCUGAGGAGCCCCUUUCUUUCACACUCGAGCACGUUUUUGAGGGUAACAUCUCGAACCUUUUCUGUUUUUUCUCCUCUCUCUUUCCCAGUAUGAUGACCCAAUCGUACACUCCAUUAUAAUGAAGCCUUUAAUUAAUGAUGCGCAGGUCCAAAUGAAACUGCUUCAGUGACUGUACGGGACUCUGGGUCCCUGCAGAUGCACUGACCUUUUGGAGAGGGCCAGACUGCUGCUCUAUGAACAUCACCGGCCUGCCACCUUUACACACACACGAAAUCCAUGUUAACUGUGAGCACCCGGCAGCAAUAGUGAUUGGUAAAUGUCAGCGCUCUGCCCAUUGAAUCGUAUGGUUUGUCUGAAUUAGUGUUUGGGAUCUUUGUCCAUCACAAAGGAUCAGAUCAGGUCAAGCUAACAUCAGCCUUCAGCAAACGCUUCUUUUGGAUCUGUGGGAUUAUAAUGUGUUUUAUUUCUUUCUUCCUCUCUGUAUCAGGUUCGAGGGUCAUACUGACACAUUUGGCAGCACUACACAGAAUCCAGAAUCUUGGAAAAUUUAAGGAGAUUUUUUUUGUGUGUUGAAGUUGAAUUGCCUGAGUUCUUUUACAACAACGGAAAGUGGAAAAUGAUGAAAGACAUUUAAAGAGCUGGAUGCACCUUUCAAAACAAGCAACAAAUAUAAAUAAAUCAUCAAGAGGGAGUGAGGGCUAGUUCUUCACGACGAAGGAAACGCUUUAUCCCACCUGCUGUCUCAGAGUGAAAGAGAGCCGAGGUCUGUGGCAGACUGACAGUUGCACACUCUCUGGCUCUCAAGCUUGGCGGUUUGUUUAUGUAUUUGCCUUGUUUUUUGCGUUCCUCGCCCCCCUGUGCCCGUGUCAUGCUCUGUUGCCGGCGUGCCAUCCUGGAGCCAUGCCCGUCCCAGAGAUGGCUUUGAGCCCGGUGAAGUCGCUGUACUGGGAGGUGUUCCCCCCCAUGGCCACGCACAGGGUGUACUGCACGCCCGUGCUAUGGGCCGGACGUCUGUAUGUGCUGGGGGGCUGCAGCGAGAAUGGCCUGCCUCUGGACUCGGCUGAGGUGCUGGAUCUGGAGAGCCAGAGAUGGUGCGAGCUGCCCCCUCUGCCCACCGCCCGGGCGGGGGCGUCUGCAGUUGCGGUGGGAGAUCAGCUGAUGGUCAUGGGGGGCAUGGAUGCACAGCAGAGCCCCCUGGCUUCGGUAGAAGUGUAUCACCCCGAUGAAGGCAAAUGGGAGAGGAAGACAGGACUGGGGCAGGCCUCCAUGGGCAUCACCAUAUUGGAGAAAGAUGGUAAGGUGUAUGCCUUAGGCGGGAUGGGGGCAGACACAACCCCUCAGGCCUACGUAAGACUGUACGAGCCAGGAAAGGACCAGUGGUUGCAUCUCACCUCCAUGCCCACUCCCCGCUAUGGAGCUUUCUCCUUCCUGCGUGGUAACAAGAUCUAUGUUCUUGGUGGGCGACAGGGAAAGCUGCCAGUGACGGCAUUCGAGUCCUUCGACCUGGAGAUGAAGAGCUGGACGCGGUACCCGUGCAUCCCCAGCCGGAGAGCGUUCUGCUCUUGCGCCGCAACCGACGGGGCCUUCUUCAGCCUGGGGGGACUUCAGCAGCCCGGACCUCACAACUUUUACUCCAGACCUCACUUCGUUUCCACUGUGGAAGAAUUCGAUUGUGAACAGGGUGUGUGGCUGAAGGCUACGCGGAGCUGUCGCAUGAGAGAAAAGCGUGCCGACUUCGUAGCCGGCUGUCUCGGCGGACGGGUCAUCACUGCAGGGGGACUCGGUAACCAACCAACACCGCUGGCGUCAGUGGAGAGUUAUAACCAGCUGAAGAGGAGAUGGGAAGCCGUGGCCCCGUUACCCAGCCCUCGCUGCUCAUGUGCCUCCAUACAGACCCCCAACAUGCUGUUCCUCAUUGGAGGGGUGUCCCAAGGUCCCAGCAACGCCGUGGAAGCCCUCUGUUUAAAAGAGACUGUCUGACACACACAUACACUUGAACAAAUCCUGACAUGCUGUACUGUCCCGAGUGUAUAUGCUCUGGAAACACACAAGCGUAGAAGCCAAGCAGACGUGUAUGUCUCUGACAAACAUUCACAGGCUUUUCCUGCAGAGAAUGCAUCAGCUUUAUACUUCAAAUAGUGGAGACAAUCUUCUGGAGCUUGGAAAGUGUGCUGGACAGAAGACGUUUGGACUGGAAAUCUUUGACAAGCAAAAAAUACAUUUAAGUAUAAUCUAACUAUAGUAAAAUAUAUUUAUUAUAACGUUGUAUUAAAGAACAUAUAUUUAUUAAUAUAUAUAUACGAUUGUGCAUAUACUAAAAUAUAUAAAUCGAUAGACCUACACAGACAGACACACUCCAGGCGCCUUUGAGCUGUACAGCAUUUUUCAGUAUCAGAGCAGGGUAAUUUUCUGGCAAAUUAAAGAGGAACUUAGGGCCAUAUCCACCGAGCUGCCACAGCACCUGUCUAAGGUAGCAUGUUUAGCACUUUUUGUAUUAUUAUUGACGGAGGAUGUGCCGUGCGAGGACCGGAGGCGGAUGCGUGCGUGUGUGUGUGUGUUUUUGUAUCCUCACAGCCAUGCACAUGUGGAAUUUAGCAAUGUUCUGAGUGCAGAAAGCACUCCUAUGAUUCACACAUGCACACACUGUAGCAAAAGACAGUAGAGAUGACUGAGGACGUAAAUGCAUAAUCAUUUUUACUUGUCCCUUAGUUUGUAAAACAAGCAAAUGUUUUGUUUACAGUAAUGCACUUGAAAGUCCAGGCAGUAUGUUUUUUUGUUUGCUUUUUGUUGUUUAUUCAGUAACACUUUACUAUAAGGUUGUAUUUGUUAACAUAAGUUUAUGCAUAAGCUAACACGAACUAACAAUAAGCAAUAUUGUUUUUCAGCAUUUAUUUGUCUUCGUUAAUGUUAGUUAAUGCCAAUACCAUUGUUCAUAUUAGUUCUUUGUACAUUCACGUUUGAUUCUUAAAAUGUAUUAGUAAAUGCUAAAAUUAACAUAAACUAAUAUAAAUACAUGCUGCAGAAGUAUUGUUUAUUGUUAGUUCAAAAAAACAUUCCUGUAAAAAAGCGGUAGCUGGGGCGGCAGAAAACAACGUAAAAUAACAUGUAAAGUUACAUAUGUUACAUAGAUAAUAAGUAAAGUAAUGUUAAAUAAAAUAACAUGGAAACAUGUCAUUUUACUUAACAAUACUUUUCACCAAACUUGUAAGUUUGCGGUUUGUUUCUGUAAAAAAAUUUUUUUACCACAUUUCAAAAAUGAAAAUCUGAAAAUUCCGUAAAAUUACAAUUUUACAGUGUAGUUAAUGGGAUGCAUUAAUUAAUGUUAACAAAUACAACCUUAUUGGAAAGCGUUGCCAAAUAUUCUAAUUCAAAAUACUAGUUAAUAUAAAUACAUUAAGUUACACCAGCAAAAGUGAUUAUCUGCAGUGUCAAACCAGGUAACAAUAACAGUCUCGGUGUCUGCAGUUUAAGCAGAAAUAUUUAUUUUAUUCUUAUUUUGAGUUGUAAAGUUGUCUGAAUCAUCCUUUCAGCCCUGAGACUACGGUUGUGGUUACCAUUAAAGACAGCAUUCCUGUGUACAAUUCACUGUAAGUGCAUUACUGUAAAAUGCUUUCCAUUUAAUAGACAAGUUGAAAACAUUUUACUGAGAUACAUACAGUAACAGAAAACAGCAGCGCUUAACUUCUACUGAUCCUAGAACAUUGCUUGACUGCCCUCGAGGUUUCAAAAGGCCUGGCUGCAAAAUUGACACUACCAUUUUGUAAAUUGUUUAAAAAUUACCUAAGCAAAAUGUUGACAUUGUUAAACCCAUUAAGCACACUGAAAAGUUCAGAUGAUCCAGUGCCAUGGCUCAAUCCACAAGUGAUGGUUUCCUGCCAUUGCAGGUCAUAUUUAAUUAGAAGCUAGAUCCUUAGGGUAAGAGCUAAUUAGAUUUAGUUGUGAUAGUAGGCUGACAGACAAACGUUAACUGUUACUGAAUGACCCAUUUACUGAAGGAGAGAUGAAUGCUCUCAAGGGACAUGCAAGAAGACAGUGAGCUCACUUCCUAUAAUGUUGAUGAGCUAAAACCCUUGAUGCAGACCUCACAUGCCUCAUUUUCGGUUCACUGGUACCCUGCAAGGGUCCUGUAUUCCCAUCACUGACGAUCUGACAAGCGUAUCAGGUCACUGGGCAGACGGCGUACAUGUCAGGAAUUGGCAAUGCUUACUGACAGGUUUGGGCACAGUAAAUUCAGGAGUAUCUCUGCGGUGACAGGUCAAUAUGGGUUUGGUGGUUUUGAUCUGGUCUGUGUGUAUGUAUGUGUGUGUGUGUUUGUAUAAAGAUCUGUUUACGAUGAGCAGUGAGGUGACACCCGCAUACCAGUUAUAUCACAUUGUGGUCUCAGAUGUGUGAUGAUCUGUCUUUAUUGGCGAUACGGUGCCUGAGGGUGGAUUAAGACGUUCAUACAUAUUCAUAUUGAAUCAUUGAGAGCUUUGUGUGUGUGAAUAUGGCUGUUUGUGUAUAUGUCUGUGUGUUUGUAUUUGGUCAGGUUGUUGAGUACUGAAAUCGUUUUGAAUGCGUUUGUGUAUGAAAAAGUGGUGGUUUACAUCCAGCAUCAAAAUGACACGUCUGCUCACAAACAUAAGGAUGAAAAGCAACAAACAUAUACAAUCCACAUUUAGAUUUAUUUAGAUUCACGCCUCCCUAAUGACUGUGAUAUUGUGCUAGCUGCCGGCGGUCUUGUGCAACAUGUCACAGCGGAAAUACAAACCGGUGAUAGAUGGAUAUUUCUGUCUGUAUUGAAUCAUGCCAGUUUACCAAUAACAACAAAAAUGAACAGAAUGAAAUAUAUAACACCAGGAGAUAGCAAUUUAUUUCUUUUGUUUCUUUUUUUUUUGUUACUAUUAUUGUAUGAAUGUGGGCUCUGCUGCAGAUUACCUCAAUUUUAUUUUUACUUAAAAAAAUGUACGAGGUAAAAUGUCACACAAGUCCUAGCCCUGCAAGAACUGAUGAUGUGAGAAAAAGAUGCAGACGGAAAUAAACUGCUUUUUUGUUCAAUAUACAAAUUCACACGGCAAAGUCUUUUUGCUUACAUCUCAUUUCGCUGCCUCUAUUAAAUGGAAACACUAGAGUUCUUUUGUUGGUAUUCGUAAAACACUCAAAAGAGAAUUAGCAUUUUCAACCCAUGUGUUCCCUUGGGAAUUCUAAUGGGUGUUUAGAAAAGCGGUUUUUGAUGAAUAAAAUAAGGUCUGCGGUCACUGUGCUUGAAUAGACUAUCCUGUUUUGUUCUGAAAAACAGAAAUUACACACAGUCGUGCCUCUGGUGUGAAUGCAAGUUGCCUCACCCUCAUGUCUUUAUUUGACUUUAUUUCCUUUAUUUCCGAAACACAAAAGAUGUUUUGAAGAAGGUUGGUAACUGAACAAAACUGACCCCCAUUGAAUUUGAUUGGAUGGACAAAAAAACAGACAUUUCCCAAAAUACCUUGUUUUGUGUUCCACAGAUUUUGAAGACUUGAGGGUGAAUAAAUGAUGACAUAAUUUUGAUCACUUUAACCUUAUUUGACUCAUAAAUCAAAAACUGUUCAAAACACACAAUAGAAACUCCAAAGCUUUUUAAGUUGGCACACAAUUUGACAUCAUGACUGAACAUCUUUUUUCCCGUUUUUACUUGUAUACAAUUUCCCUUGUUUUUAAUUCAUUUGACCACAGACUGAGAACUGGUGAAUGAGGAGUUUCACUGAAUGGAAAAAUCUCAUAUUUUAUAUCUAGAGGUGCAAAAUGUUUACUCUGAGUUGUUCAUUUCAGAGGUGCAGCGAAUAUUAUUCAGACAUCCCCACAGUGCUUUAAAUCACUUUAAGGGAUACAAAUGAUUUGACUCCGGGCUGUUUUAUUAUACAAUGUUCAAAUGCAUUUCAUCCUUAUUUGUAUGUAAAUCACUUGAGAGUAAACGCAGUGUAUUGAUCACCUAAACUCUAGUAGCGGUUGUUUUGCAGUGAUUUUUCAUGUUUCUCCAUGUUCUGAAUAUUCUCUGUGGUGAUUUUCCAAUUCGAGUCAGUGAACUAAUGCGGUUUCUCCAGUGUUUCGUGGGUUUACCUGUUUGUUUUGUUCACUUGUGAGCUAGCAGGUCAUCAUGUUGACCGCGUGAUACCAGGAGCUGUAGAGAUGAUCUGAUGUUUAUUAAUGAUGUUGUGAUGUCAUAUAGUGAUGUAAUAGUGGUAGCUGACGGCCCCUGACAGUCGUCAACGUACAGCGCACACACUCCGGGCACAAUUUCUGACUCAAUCUCCAUAAUAAAUCAAUCAAAACACACAUUAUCGCAUCACAUAAUCGCAAAUCUGAAGACGGAUAAGUCUUGGUUUUAGCCCUGAGCGGGAAAUACAAUUUUAGUUCAUGUUUUCCGGACAUAAAAUAUUGCCUUGAAAGAUUGUUUCACACUGAGGUAGAUGAGCGGAGACACACAGCCGGCCCAAGGGAACUAACACUGUCCUAUGAGAUUACACCGCACCCAUCCACACAGCGUAAACUGUUUUACCCUCUAGCGUACUGUUGUCGACCAUGCACUGAAUCAACCUCUGUUGUUACACUUUGAAACUGUUAUUCACAUCUUUAUUCUGUGAAGAAUUAUGGGACUAUAAAUGUGUUGGUGUAUGAGCACUGUAGUCAUGACUUUUGGUGAGAUGGCUAUGUCAAUGCUGUUGAUGCUGUGGUUUAUAACUUUGUUUCAAGUAGAUCAAAUUUAAAACAUAAUAUCUGUAAAAUAGAUCAGUUUUAUCAAAAAAUGGCCUGUAACUUUUAAGCAAAAUUCUUACUGAUAUCUUAAAGGUGCUGUAAGUUCAGAUGAUUUUAACCGCACACCCUCUAUCCAAACCCCGCCCUCAAGACAUCUCAGCCAACCCAAACACACAAAAUGAUUCAUUGGCAGGGAGCAUUUCUCAUUGGCUGGUUUUCAGAUUGACCAAAAAGCGCAGACCUGCUGUUUCCAGAGUCUACAGCUGUCACAUUUCUCUGGGUGCCUGUUUUCUAUGAUCUCUGAGAUGAUGUAGUGACUUUUAAUGUGUGGUGUUUCAAAAGCAAAAGUGAAGAAAUGCUUACAGCACCUUUAAAGUUGUCAUCAGGAUGAAAGACAGAAAGCAAUAUACGAAACUACAUGAAAAUGACAGUGGAGUGAAAUCUUUGACACCAUUAUAUCCCCCAUUGUAUGUGAAUAGAGAUUGAAGCUGCAUAUCACACGGAGAACUGAAAACUGGCUAGAUGGGUUAACAUGGUCUGGAUUUCAAUCUAAAUUGUGUUGAAACGUGUUGACGCACAAGUCCAGUUCAGUAGUUCAGUGCCUAUAUAUGUGAGGUAGUGCCUCUACUACAAUUUCUGUAAUAAAGUCUUUGAACAUUUCUAUGUGAUCCUGUGUGACUCUGUGUUUUGCACACCCUUUUUUACAGAACAAAAGAAAAAAUAUGUCACCUGUUUGAUAAUGGAUGAUGUAGACACCGACAAAACAUCUUUAAACUUCUUGACAAGACAGGGAUUAAAAAGUUCUU